AUGGAAGAUGCCCUCCGCCCAAGCAAAGAAGCCUUUGAAUACACCCUACGCGCAAGCUAUCAGCUGUGGUCAACUCAUUUCAACACCACUGAUAGCCGCCUGCCUUUGGAGUGUAUCAACCUCAAAUCCCUUCUCAAAGACACGCCUGCAUUCCUCGCCGAUGGAUUGAUUUCACCAGACAGAGUAUUAUCAUUUGCGUGUGUUAAAAACCGGAGCGAACUGGAGGUAAAGGGACAGUCGAGAUGGCGGACGUCCAGAGCUGGCGCAGGAUGUAUUACCCCACCGAAGGUCAUGCCGUCGACACUUGACCUAGGUGUCGCAAAACCCCGAAAGGUCCAGCUCUCUAAGGACGCCCCUCUGUCGGAAUGGCCUGGUGUACGUGGUAUUAAUGGUUAUGAUGAGGGCAACUACAUCGCCGUCUUGUUCUUGGCUUGGUCAUACAUUCUAUCUGCAAAAUGGGCAGAGUUGCUCGAUCGCUCUGAGACACACCAUUGUUCAACAAAGUACUCAUCUACAUAUCAAGAGACUGAUGAGUCCGUUCAAUCGGAGGUGAUAGAGAUCGACUUGCCCCCAGACGCAAGCGAAGAGGAAAUUGUUUGGUGGAACGCCGUGUUCUCUGGAACACCAGCAUGGGAGAUAUCCGUGGAAUACGAGUCCGACAAAUUUGUCUCACCAUGGUCCGUCACAUUAGACGGAGUGAUAUCAAUGCGAGCAAAACAAGGCACCCACCUUCAGCCCUCAGCAUAUAGCCCUCCAUCAUCAAAAAAAGCCUUCGAAUACCUCACCCGCUACUGCAACCACUCCCGCAUCUACGCGCAAUGCACAGCAGCGCUGGCAGCAUCCUUCUUCACGCGUGAUGCCUUCCUCCGUAAUCCACCCACCCUCCCUAUCCCCAAACCCGCCAAGAGGCCCAAGUAUCAUAUACCCCCGACAAGCCCCAGAUUGAUCACAUCUCUAAUCUCCGAGCAUGAAAAGCUCCUCCCAUACUACAUGACCCUAAGCAGCACGAUGUGGAUAACGACCAUGCCAGCAAUGAAAAGUAUCUUCAUCAACCCAGAAAUACCCUGCAAUCUAGUCGGUGCAUGGACAAACGCAGCCUUUGCAGUAUUAAACCCAAUCGUGAAAGCAGGCGACAUCCCACGUCUACUCAACGGCCUGUCAGCACGCGACCCACGCGUUGCUGGUCUCUGGCUCGGGGCUGCAAUCAUGGGCACGAGCAACAUAUACAUAAAACAAAGCGAGCAAGGUUUGAUGGCGCCUUUACUUGAAGCCGAGGCGUGGAUGGGGGUUACAACCACGUUUAUAACAAAACCACCUGGUAUCUACGAUAAAGACGCAACCUCUGUAAAGCGCGAAGAUGAGUGUCGACUGCUUUUUCUCGCGACGCCCAGUGAUGGGGGUUAUAAUCAUGGAUAUGUCACUGUGUGGCCAUGGAAGCCGUUUGGUAGUACCAAGCUGUGUGAUACGGAUAUUCUUCUUCGAGAGCAUUUAGGUUGUGGAUGUCAUGUAUUGGAAUAUGAGAAUUGGUCUUGGGACCUUGGAGAUGGGAUGAGGAUUGAGGAUACAGGGGUGGAAGCACGAUUUGCUUCGUUGCUUUCGACUUCUACAUCUUCGUCUUUGCCUGGGGGUCUGUCUCUGUGCUUGUCCUGCCCAAAACCAGGGGUUACUUUCGCGGAUCUUCCUGCUAUACCGACGGAUUGUGAGUAUGAUCUAUACUCAGAUCAAAAAUCGGAAAACCCUACGCGGGGAAUAUUUUGCUGGCUUCGGUUGGAUGGAUUUCCGGCGAAUGAAAAGGGGAUAUAUCAACACUCGUGGGUUGUGGUUGGGGAAGACUCGGACGAGGAGGUGGAUGAACACGAGUCUGAUGAUUCUAUGGCUGGUGCUCGAGCUGAAAGAGUUGAGGAUUGGCUCGGUGGUGUUGAUGAUGUCGAGGUAGUAGUCGAGGUCGAACUGGAGAGUGUCGGUGAUACCACAUAG